AUGGACGUGCUCGAUGUGCCGCCACUCGAGGCGGUGGCGUUCCGCCUCUACUCCCUCCCCGGCGCCGCCGCAGGCUCGGUGUGGGCGUGGGCCGCCGUCCUCGCCGCGGCGCUCGGCCUAUGGGGCAUCAGAAUCGUCGGAACCAAGUCUGACGCCUCCCCCCUCUCCCACUCGGCUCCCCGCUCCUCUUCCCCCCCGCAGCCUGCCAUCCCCGGUCCCGCCGUCCCCGCGGAGCCGGCCAAGCCGCAGGCGGAGCCGACCAAUCGCGAGGACUACAGGCCGAUCGCGCGGCCUACCGGAUGCCGCGUGGAGGAAGCCAGCGCGACCAAGGCCCGGUUCACGGCCUACUACCACGGCGCCUCCUGCAACGGCUGCGGCGCGGUGGAGGAGGACGAAUGCCACGAGGGGGAGGAUGGCGGCGCUCGCGGCGUCGAGUGCGGUGUAGCGGCGCCAUGGAAUCAAGGGUGGCGGUGGGAGGGGCUGACGGUGCGGCGGCGGUGGGACUUGGGAUGGUAUCGUUACCAGGAUAUGACGGCGCUUAACGGAAGCGUGGUGAGGUUGUGGGAUGGGGCAGACGGCGGCUUGACGGCGAGGCGACGGCCGCCGCAAAAUCCAAUUUAG